CGCCAAACAUACCAUGCGCAAAUAGGCCCACUUUUCUUUGCCAUUGCUUUCUUUUAUCUCCUCUCACUUCAAAAUACUUUAUAGCUCAAUUAGUUAUUCUUGACUCACUAUUUUAGGCAGUCUGCUACGCCUAACUCUGCAACCAACCAAACCGAAAGUAAAAAUGAAGGUUUUUAAUUGGGUGCAUCAACGAUUUCUUAAUGCUCAUUCGUGCACCGGUUUCCUCCAAGAAAACGCAGCCGACAAAAAUGGAAGCUUAAAAAUAGAAAAUGAGAAGCAUCUUUUGCUUGAGCACAAUGCUCAUAUGGUAGUGGAAAUGCAAAUGCUUGACCAUUGGAAAGAUGGGAUCCUCUCCAUUGGCACUCUUGCUAUUGGUCCUUUAGAAGAUAGUACAUUUGGUAGCAUCGAGGAAGUUGGUGAUGGUCAUCAUCAUGACCAUGAAAUCACUGAUGUCCAUAAUCAUGAUGUUAAUGAUGAUGAUGAUCAUGAGGGUGAUGAUGAUGAUAAUGAUCAUGAAGCAAGUCCUUUGAUGGAUGUGGAAUUUUUUAGCCAUGAAUUGGAGAAAGUUAUUGGUGCCAACCAUGAGAUCGUAGAAGAAGUUGUUGCUGAUAAUGUUGUUCACUUGAGAGACAAUAAUUUUGACGAAGGACAAACUAAGAGGAGAGUGACUCUUGCUGAACUUUUCUUGGAGGAGUAUUCUGAUUACCACCCUGUGAAAACGCAAAAAGAGUUAGAAGAUGGUGAUGAUGAUGAUGAUGAUAUCAGGGGUGAUUACUACAUAAUGAAAGAAAAAGGCUUGGAGAUGAGCACGAAGCCAACUUUUCUUGCUAAGAAUGGCCUUUCUAAGGCCAAAAAGCUUCUUAAAGAGGAUUUGCAUCCAGUCAAGAAGUUUAACCAGCUUAUGAAAAGGAUGAUGAAGAAGAAGAUUCAUCCGGACCUCGAAGGCAAGAAGGACAUGCAAAUGCAUCCAAACUACGGUCGCAGCAGCCCUACCAAUGACCAAGAUCCUUCUAAUAACGAGUUAGCUUCUUUACUUCUCAUUCAAGCUGUCUCGACUCUCGCAUUCUCUAUUUCUCCCUCAGAUUAAUUCUCAGUCUCUCUGCUUCUCUCAACUUGGAUCAAGAUGCUAUGGUUUGAACUUUGAACAGCGGAAAGAUCAUGUGAUACAGCAAGGAUUUUAGUAUUGCGAUACGGUUGCAUGUCAAUCACGUCAUGUAAAAUAUGCAAUGUAUUUAAAUAGGCCAUUUUUAAUCAAAUUGUAAGGUUUUGGAUGUUAUUUGCUUUUUAUGGAUGCUUUUAGAGAUUUCGCAUGUGAGCUAAAAUUUGUUUAUGGUCAAAGUAUGAAUUUGUGUUUGAUAUUUGUUGCAAUAGGAUGACUCAUGUGUUAUCAACA